AACGUUGCGUUAGCUUCAUAGGUGCAUGUUUUAUUUUUUUUGAAGGAAAUCACGUUGAUAUCGCUGUGCAACAAACGAUCCAAACUAGUGUUUGUAUUGUGUUUAAAUCUGCACCAUUUCAUCAGGGAAAAAACGAUUCAUUUUUGAAUGGCUAAUGAUAUAGAAAUGGGGGAUGAAAAUUUCCUCGCAAUGAUACUUAGCAACCUAUUCCGGAAGGAAUCUAAUGGUGAUGCAAUCGAAUUCUUUUUUAGAAGGAGAAGGUUAAGUCACAGUCAAAACAAUGGAGAAUUGGAAAACAAGCUAAAUAAGUUAAAACACCAGAUUGAGAAAUGUGGUGGAUAUUUUGGGGAAGAACCUAUCGGUUGUCACUCAAUAGAACUUGUUUUUCCUGAACACAUUGAUAACAUUGAUGAAGUUGAUUCGGAUGUAUUCAAAACUGAAUAUAUAGAUGAAUGCAUCAAGUGUGGCGAGCUUCUUGAUCUGGAAGAUUUUAGGCUUGGCAAGUCUCCCUACAGUUCCAUAAACAUAAACAUGAUUAUGAAAGGUCAUGAUUCUUGGGAUUCUGUAUUGAGAACAAGUCCUGAGAAAGGUAGAAAAUUACCGGAUUUUGGUCCCCAGCUAAAAAAAUCUCCUGAAACACUGAGAAGCAAUGUUGCUGGAAAAAAAAGUCGCCGUGUAGAAUACUCUAUUGAAGAAGAUUUGGCAAUUUUAAAAUUCUUGCUGGCAAACAACUUGUAUGAAAAAGUAGGAGGAAACACUACAUGGAAAAUAGUUCACAGAGAAUUUCCAAAUCACUCCUAUCACUCUUUGCAUAACCGAUUUCGACGUUUUAUUUUCCCCAACCUCAGCAAAUACAAGGGUCUGACUAAUAGCGAACGCAACCUAUUCAAUCGUACCGUCACUAGUGACAGUUCUUCUUCAUGCUCGCCGAAAAAAACCAUUCAGAUAGGUAAUCGAAGUCCCAUACGUAAGAGGACGUCGACAACUGAAACUGUAAUGGCAGUAGUUGAUCAAGAAACGGUUCUUUACCCUAUUUGUUCAAUGGAAGAAAUUUCUGAAAAUAAUCCGAAAGAAACGAUCAGAAAUAAAGCAGAUGGCGGCUUAAAAAAGGAAGUGCCAUUGAAUAAGUUGAGAAAAACCUUCCUCCUUGGGGGGGUCGAUAAUGUUGAUAUAGAAGAAAGCAUGCCUCUAACCCCCAAUACCAUGAAUAUGUUACUUAGUAACCUAUUUCGGAAGGAGUCAAACGGUGACGUAAUUGAAUUUUACAUGCAACGAAAUCGAUUUCGUCUUUUUGAAAACAGUGUUGAAUUGGGAGAGAAGUACGAAAAGUUAAAAGAACAAAUAGAGAAAUGCGGAGGAUUUCUUGGAGAAACACCUACAAGUUGCCAUGCCAUAGAACUAGUGUUUCCUGAAGUGGUUGGUGACAUCGCAGAUAUUGAAUCAGACGUAUUUAAAGCGGAAUAUGUGGAAGCGUGUCUUAAAUGUGGAGAUCUUCUUGAUUUGGAAGACUUCCGAAUGGGCACAUCACCCUAUGAUGGCUCGAUCAACAUCAACAGUAUUAUGAAAGGAAAUGAUUCCUGGGAUUCUGUAACAAAAAAGUAUCGUCGGAAAGACAGAAAAUUAUCAGAUUUGGAAUCUUCUACUGAAUUAAUUAAAGGCUCCUGUUCAGACAACAAGGAAAGUAACGAAUACUCGAUAGAAGAAGACUUAUCCAUUUUAAAAUUUCUGUUGUCAAAAAAUUUGCACGAUAAAGUAGAAGGGAACACUACUUGGAAAAUAGUUCAUCGUGAGUUUCCGACGCACUCGUCUCGAUCUUUACGGAAUCGAUUUCAACAACAUAUUCUUCCCAACCUCGACAAUUACAAGUGUUUAACGGAUAAUGAGCGCAACCUUUUCAGUCGUUGUUCAUCCAGUGAUGACUCUUGUACUUCUCUACCGAGAAAAACACAGAAGUCAGAAACAUACGCUACUUCACACAAACAAAGUCAAAAUGACGUCUCGGCGGCUGGUGAUAUUUCGUGUUCAGAAAAGGAUGCGAACGAUCUUGUAUCGACUCCUGCAGGUUUGGCACUCCCAAAGAUCGUAGUAGACGAAAGCGAUCUUUCUUCCGACGACAUGGACAAUUGCGAUUCUGUCACAUCAAUUGUGUCUUCAACUAAAGGGAGAAAAACAAAAGAAAAUGAUGUUGGGAAAUUCACUGUGGAAAUAGACAAAUGCAUUCUUGAAUACAUAAUCAUGCACAAGCGAUUUACGGAAGUGUCGGGAAGGAAGCUGUGGAUGGAUAUGCAGAAACAAAUUUUCAAACAACGAGACUGGAAAGCUAUUAAAAUAAGGUUUCAUGAUGUUAUUGUUAAAAACCUUGAAUCUGAAGAGUAUUCCCUCGACGAAAAUGUUAUUCGUAAACUUCGUGCGAGAAAUUUGUCCUCGUCAAGUGAACUGGAUAACAGUUCCGACGAAAAUGAUUGGCCUCCUACAUCUUAUACGAAAACCAGAAAAUCUGCGCCAAGACCGUACACGCUCAAAGAAGACAAGCUUAUUAUUAGCUACAUCGUCAAAAAUGAAAGAUUUGAAGAAAUACGCGGAAAACUUCUCUGGGUGGACAUCCAGGAUAAGGUUUUACAUGAAUACAACCGUUCGUGGGAAUCGGCUAGGAACCGUUUUCUUCGAACCUUGUUUAAAAAUCUUUCGCUGUACCAUCUUGAUAAAGAGAUUAUUUCCAAAUUUAAACGUGGAGCUGUUGCUGAAAGGCAUUUAGGCGGAGCCAACGAUAGAAGAAGUUCAAGACACAUCUCCUCCAAAAGUAAAAACACUAGGAUAACCAAAGAUUCGGACGAAGAUACACUCCCUAAGCAUCCAGCCUUAGGGCCGGAAAAAAGGCAACUCCGUCCAAGAAGCCCAAACGACAACUCUUUCGACAGCCUAUCAUCCCACUACCGGUAACUUUUUCUCCCCAGCCGGGCAACUCUCUACCCAAGGAAAAAAGUGGUUCGACGAAAGUGAAUACUGCAAGAUUGGAGCCGCCAGCAGAUACGACAAAAGCUGCUGAACAGUUGUCGAAGUCACCGGAAGUUUUAACCAGCGUAACCACGUUACCGACGAAAACUACUGGUGCUUCAUCGACUGCAUCUACUGUAAUUGUGACGCGCUCCAAAGGCCAGAUUUCACCGAAAAAGUUGCAACCAGCGCCUUCUUUAAGAUGUGCAGUUGUCCUUAAAAAACUGACAGAGACCGAAUUAGAGAAGUAUGGUUGUAAAGUCGUAGCAACCCAGAAAAUCUCUGAGUUUUCUACUCGUGCUGAUCCCUCUGUCCAUAUCCCUCCUGCUACGCUUGCACCUGUAAGCCCCCCGAAAGCUUCACAUUUCACAGUCGAGAUAUCCCAGGACCUCUUUGCGGCCAGAUUAUCGGCUGCUGGAUCUUCUGUGUUGGCAGUGGCACAAACUAGCCAAGAAUCAGGUUGGCUGCCAUUAUCUUCAUCAUUUUCUCGAGAAGCCCUUCGACGUAGUCCACCGUCAAAGAGUUCUAAUGAAAUCUCGGCUUACACCACCGCUCACGAUCUUUUGAACAUAUUGCAACCGUCUUCCUCCGUGACAGUAGUAUCGUCAAACGUGGAGAACUUUUCUGUGGACGAUGAAGAGCAUGUUGAAGCAGAUAUUCUUGAUCAAGUGAGUUUUUCUGCACGAUCAAAAAUAUGCGAUCCAACACAAACGAAGGAUGAUCUGUCGAAUGAUGGCUACCGUACGCCAGAAUGUUAAUGCUACGAUUUCAAUCAACAGCCUUUCCAAGGAAUUUUUGUAUUCGUUACGCCUUUCACCUAAAGAGGAUAAAAGCUAUAACUCUAGCAGUAAUUGUUUCGUUAACUUCUAUGCUACUCUGCACGCUGAUUAAAAAAAAGAGGGGGCGGAACGUGGGGCAUGCUAAAAUUUUCAACUUGAAUGUCAUUUUUAACUGAAAUAGAUUUUGAAUUCAAUACGCAUUCAGCAAGGAUAAAUACAUUGUUUACAUGUGUGAAAAUCUUCCAGAUAUUGCCAACUGCCACUAUAAGUGAUAGACAGUGCCCACAUGACAUUUGAUUCGAUUCUACUUACGUGCGGACUGAUUGGUAUCCCGCUAAACGCUUUGUUUGUUUUAGCUGUUAUUUCAAUGUACAAUCCUCUUCCGGCCGCUGCUCCUGCUACUUAAAAAACAAUUAGAAAUGUGUAUGUUUUUUUUAUGGUCGAAAGUUUCUCAGAAAGAAGUGUAGCCUAAGUCACGUUUCUUAGAUCCGCUCUCCUCCCUGAAAAUACACAUCGUUAUUAAAUACCA